AUGUCUGUUAAUAUUCCGAAGACCAGCAUGGGCACGUCUGAUGUCCGUAACGACAUGCUGGGAGGCCUGCGCCUCCGCAAUGAAGAGACCAACGAGGUGAUACUCAUACCAUCCCCGACGAAUGAUCCCAAUGAUCCGCUGAACUGGUCCAAGCCAUACCGUUUCUACAUCGCCAUACUCGUCUCCUGCGCCAUCUUCUUCAGCAACUUCCUGGCGGCUGGACCUUCUGUCGCCAUUGUCAGUACCACCGAGUCCUUCUUUGGUCCACCUGGUUCCGAUUUCGAUGACAAAGUUGCCAAGAUUGCCUAUUUCUUCACCACCACUGCUCUUCUCCAGGGCAUGGGAAACCUGAUAUGGAUGCCUUUCGUCACAAAGUACGGCCGCCGACCUACCUAUGUCGCGUCCUUCAUACUCUACACAGCCUUCGCUGCUUGGGCUGGUGGUGCAACUACAUACGGCAGUGCCUUGGCUGCACGCAUCCUCAUGGGCUUUGCGUCGGGUGUCGCUGAAUGUCUGGCCCCCUUGACUAUCUCGGACCUGUUCUUCUUGCACGAGAGAGGUGCAGUCAUGGCGAUAUAUACCACGGCACUAUCCUCUGGUGUGGGUGUUGGAAUCAUUGUUGCUGGACUUAUUACCAUCAACUUGAGCUGGCGGUAUAUCUAUUGGAUUUCGGUGGCUUUGAUUGGAGCUUGUACCAUUCUGAUCAUCCUCACGUUCCCUGAGACUGUUUACAACCGCCAGGAAACUCCAGAAGCAACACAUACACACAUUGAUUCCAAUACCGCUCAUACCCCGCAUUGCAAAGAUAAGAAUAAGGAUAUUGAGAAGGUUCAGUCUGACGAAACCUCGACAUCCGGACACCUAUCUUAUUCUCCAUCCCCAAAGCGCACGUUUUGGCAAGAUUUGUCCCUGUACAGCGGUACACACACGAAAGAGCCCUUGCUCAAGCUAUUCUUCCGGCCAAUUGUUCUCCUCACCCUUCCUCCAGUACUUUGGGCUACCCUCGUCAUGUCUGUUACGAUUGGCUUCCUCGUUGCCAUCAGCUCCAACUUUGCUGUAGCUUUUGACGAUAUUUAUGACUUCGAGCCGUGGCAAUCUGGCUUAUGCUUCAUUUCGUGUCCCAUAGGAGCCGGUGUUGGAGCAUUCUUUGGAGGUCACUUCAGUGACAUGGUGGCGGACCGACUGACUCGCAACAAUGGUGGCAUUCGAGAGCCGGAGAUGCGACUGCCUGCUAUUCUCAUCUCGCUUGUGAUCGCGCCGCUUUCCCUGGUCCUGUAUGGCGUAGGCAUCGACCGCAGUUGGCACUGGGUUGUACCUACCAUCGGCCUAGGUCUUUUUACCGUCCUGUUGCAGGAGAGUUAG